AUGGUUCAGUCGUGGAAUGGUGAAAUGAGAGGGAUCAAAGAGCAAGAUGCACUCGGAACACAGGAAAGUACAGUCGUCGUACACUCUUCUGAAGAAAGUCAUUCCGUGGUUAGAGAUCAUAGCGGCCAAGAGUCUUCGUCUUCCAUCCACGACCAUCAGACUGAAACAGCAAACGCUUCAGUGGAGGCGGGGCAAACGGAGCAAGCGCCGGUAGCUCUUCAAAGGAACGGUUCUGGUCGUCGUUCGUGGCCCGUCAAAACAUACGAUCACGUGAACAUCUCUCAACAAAAACUGAAAAUGCCUGAUAUUGAAAGCUUUGCUCACAACGGUAAUCUUCCUCAUCCGGAGAAGUUCGUUAGUGAAGAAAAUGCGGUCUUGAGGGAUUGGAAUCCACGAGCUCUUGUCAGAGCUUUGUAUGAGGUGUCGUACGAGCCCAGGGUGGAAACGAAACGAAAUCGUUUCGUCAGCAUGGAAGGUCACGUUGAGGUGCCAUCGGAUGAGACGUCUACCGUAGCUGAACUGGAAAGACACUGGAAACAACUGUAUAUGCGCACCAAGGAAGGAAGAUUACAGAUUUUUGUGUCUCAUUGUGCUGAUGAGGCGCCAGCUGAAGAAAUCGUACUCUCCGGUGUUGAUGUGGACGCAAACAGAGAUGAACGAACGCUUACCAUCCAUGGCGGGCGCGACCAUAUCAGAAUGACAUUACGCGUACAAUCAAAUGUAUUCGACAAAUGGCGACAUUCACUUCUUUCUCAUGCUGCUUCUUCUCAAAUUGAUGCCUAUGUUAAGCCGAUUCCGAAGACGUUCCAACAUCUUACUGAGUGGUUGUACUUGAAAUCGGUCGGUUCUAUUCGUGGGGUGUGUGCUAACGACGAACCCAGCCUUCCGCAGUCUUUCUUCCCUGCCAUCGCUGUACGCACAGAUGACGGUCGUAUUAUUGUUGGUGAAGAUGCUUAUGCGCCUGAGAUUCGCCACCAUGGUGAGUUCGUCCGUCCAAUUCAAGCCUUGGAUCCCAGUGUCGAACGAUACACAAUGGAUCGUGAGGUUGUGAAGGAGUGCAUGAAAAAGGGUGCUGCAAUCACGCGCCAACCGUCUCUGAUCCUUUACGCAUAUGAUGUGACCACCGGUGUAGUUGUCGACAUUGGAGAUCGUCUCAACAUUGUUCCCGUCAUUGAUGGUUACGUUGUCGAAUCAGCGAUCUGUUCAAUACCAUACGGAGCAACUCAAGUCCGAGAGGCCUUACGAACGACGUUGUGCUCGAAAAACAAAGGGCUGUAUUCAUUCCAGAGUCCCAUAGAGAAGCUUAUUCUGCGCUAUGUCCUAGAACAGACGAGCUACGUUCCGGACGACUAUACGAAGGAAGAGAAAACGUCAAAGGAAGUUAACAUAUCGCUGGAUCGAUUUGACCCUCUACCCGGCAUGCCAACGAAGUUCAGUAUCGAUAACUCACGGUUUCUGUGUACUGAAGGUUUGUUCCGUCCCAAGAAGUGGGGCCUCGACACAAAAGGCUUGCAUCAAUUAGUGCAUGAAGCGGUACAAAUGAGCCCAAUUGACAGCAGGAGGACUCUUUACAGAAACAUCUAUCUUGCUGGCGGAGCGUCGUUAAUGCCUGGUUUGGCCGAGAAAUUGGAGCAGGAACUUGCCGCCAUCGUACCGAAUUCCAUCCAUACACAGGUUCACAUCUCUCCGUGGAGGUACAACGCAGCGUAUUUGGGAGCGCAAAUAGUGGCGUCAGCGUCCACGUUCAGUGAUAGUUGUAUUUCACUCGAAAAUCUGCCAACGUUCCUAUCACAUCUACAGUCCUCUUGUUUUUGA